GCCACCAGUGGGUCAAUGGCUGUGUGAAUGUGUUUGAAUAAUAUCAUCAGAAAAUUGCAUUAAUGUAAAUGUAGCAGUGUAUGUCAAUGAAUAACUGAGACACAGCUGUGUCAGACAGAGAAGUUUGGACUUUCCAGGGAUGAAACCUGUUGUCUGCUGUGUUUUCUCUUCCUCUUCACCACUUCAUGUCACCACAGAGGGAAAGACUCAAUAACUGAGAUGGAUCUGCAUGAUGCAAAAGGGAAAUUAUUUGCUGUCAGUGUGCUGCUGCUCACACUGUACCACAGCAACACUGCUGCUGUCAGCCUGAAGGAACAUCUGGAUGACUGUCUGAAGGACAAAGACUACGAGGAGCUGCUGCACACCGUGAAGGCCGGCCUCCCUCUCAUAAACUCAUCCCAUCAUGUUGUUAUCGUCGGAGCUGGCAUCGCUGGACUGACUGCUGCCAAGCUACUGCGAGAGGCGGGACACGAGGUGACCAUAGUAGAAGCAAGUGAUCGUGUUGGAGGACGGGUGCAGACCCACAGGAAUGAAGAAGAGGGCUGGUACGUUGAACUGGGAGCCAUGAGGAUCCCGAGUGAUCACCGAAUCGUCCACUGGUUUGCUGAAACAUUCGGGGUCAAGCUGAAUGAAUUCAUCAUGGAUGACCCCAACACCUUUUACUUGGUCAAUGGGUUGCUGAAGAAGAACAGAGAUGUGCAAAAAAACCCUGACAUUCUGGAGUACAAAGUGCGGGAUGAUGAGAAAGGGAUGUCAGCCGACAAACUGGUACAACGAGCUUUGCAGAAGGUGAAAGAUGAAGUGAUAAAGAAUGGCUGCAAGGCUGCACUGAAAAAAUAUGACCGUUAUUCUGUGAAGGAUUAUCUGAAAGAAGAAGGAGGUCUGAGUCCAGAGGCAUUGAGGAUGGUAGGAGACCUGCUUAACGAACAGAGCCUUAUGUUCAUAGCGCUGACUGAGAUGAUCUAUCUCCAGAGUGACAUCAAUGACCACACAAAGUAUGCAGAAGUGACUGGUGGGUCCGACCUUCUUCCCAGAGCUUUUCUUACUGUCCUCGAUGACCUCCAUGUCCCAAUUCUCCUAAACUCCAAGGUCAAACGCAUCAGCCAGUCAGAUAAAGGUGUGAUCGUAUCAUACCAGACCAACAAACAACCUUCUUUUCCAGACCUUCAUGCUGAUAUUGUUCUGGUAACAACCACAGCCAAAGCUGCCCUUUUCAUGGACUUUGAUCCAUUUCUGUCCAGUGAAAAGAUGGAGGCACUGAGGGCGGUCCACUACGACAGCUCCACUAAAAUCAUCCUCAUCUUCAAGGAGAAGUUCUGGGAGAAGGACGGCAUCAGAGGAGGAAAGAGCAUCACCGACGGGCCUUCUCGUUUCAUCUACUACCCCAGCCACACUUUCCCAACAAAUGAGAACAUCGGCGUCCUCCUGGCUUCCUACACCUGGUCUGACGACUCCCUCCUCUUCUUAGGUGCGAGCGAUGAAGAUCUGAAAGUGUUGGCUCUUAGAGAUCUGGUGCAGAUUCACGGCGAGCACAUCAGGUCUCUCUGCACAGGUGUGGUGGUGAAGAGGUGGAGCGCGGAUCCUCACAGCUUGGGUGCCUUCGCUUUCUUCACACCUUACCAGCAUUUAGAGUAUGCAGAGGAGCUCUUUAAAAGUGAAGGCAGGGUGCACUUUGCUGGGGAACACACAGCCUUCCCUCACGCUUGGAUUGAGACAUCUAUGAAAUCUGCGAUCAGGGCUGCUGCCAACAUCAAUAAAGAGGCAGCUACAACUCCACACCAUGACGAGUUCUAGGGUUUUAUAAUGAGAUGUCACUCACUUACGCAGCUACUUUAGCAAUAACUGUCGCUGAUAAUAAUCAAUGGUAUGUGCACCACUAAUGUUCCUUCAAGCUCGAUGUUCCUGUUCUGCUCGUUUCUGUCAGUGUGAUCAAAAAGGUGUUAAAUUACAAGAACCACUGCUGUCUCUCCCUUCUACUUUCAACAUGUUCAGCUGUUGUUUCACUCAUUUGCUGUGCAUACAGGUUUACAGAUGCAUCUAUAGACGUGUUUAUGUGUUUGUCAUAGGAACACAGGUUGGCUGUGUGUUUGGUAGCCCAACUUUCAAAUAUGAAAGAAUUAAAUAUGUGAGGUAAGCAAUAUUGGCUUUGGUUUUACAGAACGGAGUGGUCAGCGUUUCAAAAUCAGGUAAACGUCCAGCACAAGAUGAGUUCUAGGGUCUGGAGAAUCAAAUCCAAUUUAUUGAAUAUUAUGCUAUUAUUAAAAAGAAUAGCAAAAAGAGCAGUAUAUUGAAAUGUAAAAUGUCAUAUGUCCAUAUUGAAUUCUUAUUGUUUUACCAUUACCUCAGUCUUUCCCAGCAAAUCUCUGUAACUUUAUUAUUUCGCACCAUAUUCUUCUUGUGUUUAUCCCACAUUGGUGAAUUCUUCUUUGCAAAGAAUAAAUACUCCAAAGACAA